AAAGCAAAACUGUCCAAGGAAAAAUGUCACUAGAUAAGGGAAAGGUUGAAUACACUCCGGUUACAUUUUACCACCCUGAUGUUUAUAGCCGUGAUUUCGGAACGUUUGAUGUCACUGUCUGUCGUGGUUAUGAUAAUUCUAAAGUAGUGUUAGUAGUGAUGAGUAACAAUAGCGUUCUAAAUGGAAAUCAGGUGAAGGUAGACGAAUCUGGGGUUUUGACGAAUACAAAAUCACAGCAGUACGACCCUAGAUUGCAGUCCUACUACAACUCAGCUAUGCACGUAAGAAAUUAUCGGGAAAUUCGUAAAUAUUUUGAACAAGAGAGUAACCCGAAAGUGAAGAGACUGGAUUCAGUAAAAACCUUAUCCCGUAAAAUGAGGGCGUUACUUCAUCUGUCCCGCCAGUUGACUGACAGUCUUAGUGUUCAGCCUUGUGAUAUCAAAAGAUUGGAUGACAUUGUUAAAAAUGUAGUUCGAAGCGUGCAUGCUAAAUUGAAGUCAACACAAAAUGCUAUGCUAAUCAAUAGAGAGUUAUAUGAACAGACAGAGAUAUUAAAGAAAACAUUAAAUAUGUUUUGUGUGGAGGUUAUUUGUUCCAACGAAAUAAGAAUGAAAGAGAGUAGAUUUAGCACUGAUAGUCCUAUUCAAUGCUUGAGGACUAACGAAAGAGCUUCCACAAGUGCUCAACGAGAAGACUGUCGCAAAGAAAAACUUAAAAGUCAAACUUUCAUUGAAGACGAUAGAUACAGAGACUUAAGGUCUUUUUCAUACCUCAGUUCAGAAAUCACUAACCUGAAGGAAGAUCUAGCAAAAAUGGAAUUAUCGCAUACUAUCUGUACAAACAAGACACGUCAAUCAUUUUGGCGCGCAUUGUGUAACCCAUGGAAACGGAAUAAUGACAAAGAUAAACUCAGUGAACAGUCAAAGAAUAGCCCUACUACCAGAAUUUCCAUAGACAUAGAUGGUGCCAUCCAAAAUAUUAUAAAAUAUGGUGCUACUUCUCCGGAAGAAACUCACCUUAUGAGUAUCAUUGAUGCCAGUGUUUGGGAUGAAGUGACCCGGAUGAGAAGGCAGAAUUUAGAGUCUAAACAAAUUGUACAUGAAUUACUCAAUGAAAUCGAUAAGCAAGAAAAAAACCUUCGUUCCAAGGAUUCAGAGUUGAAUGGAGCUCGAGAACAUAUUGGCAGUCUCAUACAGAAGUCAAAAAGUGAGGUGAAUAAACUUGUGACAGAGAGAGAAAAGAAACAUAUGCAUUUGGUGAAAUUAGAUCAAGAUCGUUGCAGAUUACAAGAAGAUAAAUCUUUGAUGAGUAUAGAGCUAGAGAGACUUCGUCAGACAAACCGUCGCCUGUUAAACGAAGUAUGUUGUUUACGUCAUAGUAACAGAGAAUUGGAACAGCUUAUGGAAAAGGGGCACGAUCAGCGCCUUCAAACAGAAGCGCACCCGGUGAGAGGAGCGCAAUUAAAAGGUUUUUAUGGGUCUGGGCAGUUCACACCUGGAUUGUAUCUGCGACAGGUGGCCAAUAUAUCGAGUCCGGCACUUGUUACAACAGAUAAUAUGAUGCGUUCUAGCCAGUAUAAUUUGUCAACAUGUGCAAAUUUUGAUGACUCAGAGGAGGACAGUGUAAGCAGCUGUAAUUCGAUUAAUGCAGACACAAACCACGAUGAAUUUGAUGGACACGGGCACCUAACAAAUUAAAAACAUGCAAUCAAAGAUUUAUCAUCUGAAAGUUAUGAAGUGU